CACCGCAAACGCGCACAAUUGAAAAAGUUGAUUCCUUUGUGAAAAUAAUUGAAUUUGCGUGGAAGAAGAUAGAAAUGCCAGGUUUUGUUUACAGAGAGCAGAACGGCGACCUAUUUAGCGCCAAGAGCGACUUUUCUUUGUGCCACUGCGUAGCAGCAGACUUGCGCAUGGGCAAAGGCAUAGCGGUGAAGUUUCGCAACAAAUUUGGGCAGCUUCUGACUUUGCAAAGGCAAAAGGUCCAGCCCGGGGGAGUGGCUAUCCUCCAAGACCAGCAGCGCUUUGUGUACUACCUGGUGACCAAGAAAACCAGCUGGGGCAAGCCGACCUAUGAGCUCCUCUACAGCUCCUUGCACGCUAUGCGCCAGCACAUGAUCUCCCACAACGUACCCAAAUUAGCCAUGCCCCGCAUUGGAUGCGGCCUGGACGGACUCAACUGGGCCAAAGUCAAGGAAAUGAUUUGCCAGAUUUUCGAGUCGGAUGCCGUGGAACUAGUUGUGUUUAAUUAUGCAGAAAUUCGAAAAUAAGAGGACACAAA